UCCGCCACUGUACAAACUCAACCACUGCGAACUGUCACAACUGUCAAGCAAUUGUUUCUGCUCUUCGUAGGAAACUCGUUGUGCUCUGCGUAUUUUCGGAUUUUCUAUCGACCAAAAAAUGCAGGCUGUUCGUCCACUCGUUAGCUUGGCUGGCCGUAAUGCGGCCCUUCUCAGACGCGGUUAUCAUGGCCCAAGCAACUUCCGCGUGUUCACCAUGAAUGAUAUGCCUGUGCCGGAGGGUGACUUCUUCGAGGAGCAUAACCGCAAAAAUCGCACCUACAAUGCCGUGCUUGCUGCAGGAAUCGUUAUCUUUGGUAUCACCUUCACCAUUGCAAAGGAAUCCGGGUUGCUCUUCUUCAACUAUGCUCCGCCAAAGAGCAUUGACUAAAGCAAUGAGCAAUUAUAUUAGCUGAGAACAAGCAGACCUUGUGUAUGUGUAUUAAUAAACUAAUGAAAUCUUA